AUGGCGCUCUACCAUCCAGCCCUCGCUUGCCUUUUGCUCCUCAUCGUAUCUGCCAGAGCAGGCGGCACCGAUGGCCUCUACACCAAAUACUGUUCCAACGAGAACACCGGCUCGGAUUCCACCCCGCAAUACAACAUCUACAACUCCAUGGGCUCCUGUUCCACCCAUUGCCAAGACGGCUUCGCCUUUGCCAUUGUCCAGGACACGAAUUGCUGGUGCUCCAAUUACAUCCCCUACAACCAAGUCAGCACGUCGGAAUGCAGCGAACAGUGUCCUGGCUAUCCUGAUGAUCAGUGCGGGAAUUCGGGCGCGGGCUUGUUUGGCUAUAUUGCCCUUGCCAACUCCCCGUCGGGCACAGCUGGAGCUCCGAGUACCAUCACCCCCUCUUCUCAGGCUGCUACCCCUUCUAGCCGCACGCACACGCACACGACCGCGCCGUUUUCAUCAUCUUUAAGUACGAGCACGACUCUUGUCAGCACGGCACCGACAACGCAUACAGUGACGAACAGUCCCACCCUGGUGCCAAGCUCGCCCGCCAACCAAGAAGACCUCCACAAAACCGGACUUUCCGGCGGCGCCACUGCCGGCGUGGUCAUUGGAGUUCUAAUCGGCGUUGGUGCCCUCAUCUUGGCAGGUUUCUUGCUGUGGCGACGGAGACGCGCCGCAGACACCGAAGCCGGGAGUGGCGGCCGCGGCGGUGGCAUCCGAAGCCCCCGACGGAAAGGCAGCGUCCUCAGCAGGACCGGCCUGCUCGGCGGUGCGCGACCCCAGAGCAUGUCAGAGGCCAACUACGACGACCCUUUCAACCCUCCCGAAUCGACAACACUGUCGAAUAGUGUUCGACAUUCGAUCAUGUUCGGCGGCAGCAGCGCAGCAGCAGGCGAAGCAACCGACACGGCCGGGCCCUUGGGUUACGGCGGCGGGCAAGAAGCGGAAGUUGCCGGCGAGCGGAGGCCUAGCAGGCCUAUGGUUUACGACCAGCGGCUCAACCCCUCUGCGCUCUUCGCCAACCACGACAACGGCAGUCGAGUGUCCAUGCAGGAUCAGCAGGAUUACAGCCGGCCUUUGGGCGUCGCGAACCCGGAUUUCCGGUAUAGCUUCGACUCGAGAUGA